CCAUCUUCUUUCUUUGUUCUUUACAACAGUGGAAAUACACAACACUAUGGACUACGGUCUGGUGCUCCUGUUUUCUCUGUUUCAAGCUUUAAGCAUGGGCACAGCAGCUCCUUUGCCAGUGGAAGUAGUGACGAUGAAAUCAAAAGUGAAGUGGAUGGCUGAACAGCUGGUGGUUAGGCUGGACAAAGACGUACAGGUCCCAGUUAACUGGACUCUCAACCCACCUGCUGAUGAUUUGGAUGGAACUUCCUCCAUAGAGACGGUCUUGAACGGUUACAACAGCCUGAUCCCGGACACCUUUAAAGGGGUCUCCCAGAUCAAGUACGACAUCUCUUCACUGACAGGCUACAUUCAUCUGUGGAGGCAGGGGCACUGCAGCGAACAGCGACCAAAGCCUGAAGUACCAGGGCCACUGCAAGGGCUACAGAGCCACAAAGAAUUCAUUCAAACCGUGGGCAUCGAGGCUCUCAUGAGAGUGAAGGAGUUUCUAAAUCUGCUGCUGAAGAACCUGGAUCAGCUGGAGACUUGCUGAAGGAUGUACAUCAGGACCAGUAUUUCCAAGCUAUUGCCCUGAUUGUUGGACAACAUUUGUAAAGUCUCCAUCAGCGAUGCCUGACUUAACAUUCUGAGUUGUCCACGUUGAAAACUUGAUCAUGUUUUGAACUGAAAUUAUUAUUGAACAGGCACUUAUUUAUAUACACUGUGUAUUUAUUUAUAUAUGGUACUUAGAAGAUAUGUAUUUUGUAAAAUAAUGUUUUUUUACCACAGCAGCACAAAUGUUUCAGGAGAAAUUUUAAAUGACACAAAAGUAAAUCAGCUGUUUACAAGGUUUGUACUAUGACACUGCUGUUGUGUCAACAAAGAGCUCUGAGUGAAGAAUGUGUUUCCCAUUAAGCCAGUCAUCAAGCUGACUCAGCAGUGUAGCAUUAAAACUAGAGGAUAUGUCAUGAUGAACGGCGAUGUCAUCUUUGGAAAUUCCUGACAACCAUCCUGAAACUUGCCAAGAAAGCCACAUGAUGUUUGCAUGAGAGCUGGAAGAAUUAGGGAGGAUAAACUUUACUUCAGUGCAAUAUCACAUCUUCCAAAAAUGUCUAUUUAUAUCCACGGAUGACACGUUAUUUUGCUGUGCAACUGGUACUAUUUUUGUUGCAAUAAAAUAUCAAUACA